AUGUCGAAGUCUAUCCUAUUCCUCCUGGCUUUUUGUGCUGUAGCAGCUGUGGUUGUGAACGGUAGGGAGAUAAAGAGUAUCGAAGACCUGGAUCUAGUUAAACUGCUGCAAAACGAAAAGGAGAGGAAGAGGGUUUUUGCCUGUCUAAUGGAGCAGGCGCCUUGCGGAAACAUGCAACAGUUUAAAGAUUCUCUAACUGGAAUGAUUAAGACUGACUGCAAGAACUGUUCCCCCAUGGACAAGGAAAGAUACGAAAUGUUUUCACAACUUCUCGCCGUCGCACAUCCUGACAAACAUCAGGCUCUGAUUGCCAAAUACCGAAACUGA